AUGGCCGCUAAGCAGCCAACUGUACAGCGCCAGCCGCUAGCGAGGAGACAGCCGGAUUCUCACGGCCGGACACGCCGUCUCUCGCCCUUUGAUCCGCCAGACAACAAAAAGAAAGAAGAAGAGGAAGAAGAAAACCCGAGUGCGUUCCUGCACUACCGCUUUACACUUCCGUUUGCUUCGUUGUGUAGUUUUUUCAUCCUCCGUUAUUCGCCUUGGGUUGUCCAUCGCCGUCCCCUCACGCGAAAGUGCAGCAACAGCAAGCCACGCCUGGCGCACGCGCACCAGCCUCGUGUCCUGCAAAACCCUCCUUCGCCCGACAGACUCGCACUCACACCAGGCAAAACUCAACUCUCGAUCCCUUUGCCACCAUCCCGCCAGCGCCGCUCCUCUCGCCCGCUGGAACAUCACCAUCGACUGGAUUCCAGCAGCAGAGAGAGACUCCAGCGGCACAGCACAGCGCAGCACGGCACAGCACAGCACAGCACACCAUCGUCGGAAACCCCAGAUCCAGCCGCCGGGGGUUUUCCCGACACCACAAUGACGCCCUCGCCAUCCCAGGGCAUCGAGCCACGGCGGCCGAGAAGCGCCCACACGCAGACCGUCUCGGUCAACAUCGCCGAGAGCACCCCUCCCAGCGGCCGCCGCUUCCAACUGCACGUCAGCGAGUGUGUCGAGACUAGAACAGUCACGACCACGACUCGCCUGACGAGGAAGUUUCCCCAAGUCUUCAUCCGCGACCCCGCCUCACUCGAGACUCUCGACUCCAAGGAGUAUCCCUUGGCCAUGAAGCCGACGCCUCCCGAGCUGGUCGACUUUUCCUACAGUUUUGGAGCUGAAGAGGAGGAUCAUGAUGCCGGGAUGAUCGACGACGCUGAUGACCAUGUCGAUGGACAACUGGUCAAGAGAAGCCAAAGCCUAGUCCCAGCCCUGAUUAAACAGGAAUCUACAGCCAGCGAAGUGCAGACACCGGAGCCUUUGAGCCGCAUACCUUCAGCCUCGCCAUCCGAGCCCUACUCUCGCCGGAGCCAUCGAAUAGCCGCGGCAGAGUCCCCUACCGCUGCGGCCACCAGGUCUUCACAACGACUUGCCCGCUCAAACCUUCAUGCCGUCUCAAAUAGACUGCGCCGCUCCGUCAUCCAGGGAAGCAGCGCCUCCGGCAGUAACAGCGACGGCAGCAGCAGCACUUUGCGUCUUGACACCGGCGACAGAGCCGCCAGAAAUGCCUCCAUUGGCAUUCUCGCCACGCCCGACAUUACCGAGACGGCCGAUCCGCUCCAGGGCCGGUCGUUGCAGCGACGGCCUUUGCACCUCGACUAUUCACUGAACUCUCAGGACCUGCUCCGCGGCCGUUCAAAGUCUCCUCCGUACGAGGCGUCCAGUCCCGCCGGCAGCGAUGCCCACACUUUUAGCAGCACCGUGGCGACGCCGCCAGUUACCGAUGCCGACCCGGAAUCGUUCGCCGACGAUACCGACGAAUCCCUUGAACCUGCGGUUCGCCCGCAGCAUCGACCCGCAAUCGAUGUCAUUGCCGCACAGGAUGCCAGUCUUCCUAGUCCGAGAUUAUCUCCCACCUUGGCCGCUGCCCAGCUGCACCCUGCCGAACCCGACGAGAACGCACAGUCCAGUUUCAAGGCUGAUCAGUCAGACGCGUGGAUGGCCGAUUCCCAAGGCACGGACGGAUAUACUGACAUGGUGUCCUAUGAGCACCCGACCCAUGGCAAGCGCGGCCUGAUGCGGCGAUACGACCAGCCCGUCAUCGUUGACCCCCAGACCCUGUUGGAGGCGUUUGACUCGAUGAAGACGGAGAUGAAGACGUUCAUGAUGUACCAGUUCCUCCGUCGAUGCCCUCGACCCACUCUCCGUAUCGUUGCCGACGCAGUGAAUCCCGCCCUCAAGUGUGACUUUUUGCAGCAACUGCCCCUCGAGCUGAGCUACCACAUUCUAUCGUACCUCGACUUCCGCGACCUCAGCCACUGUGCCCAGGUAUCAAAACAAUGGCGCAGUAUUGUUGACCGGAACGAGACUGGGUGGAAGGAGCUGUUUGACAAGGAUGGCUUCACUCUCCCUCCGGGCGAGUUGAACAAGGCCAUCAUCCAGGGGUGGGGAUGGCAAGAUCCCGUUGGCGUCAACGGCUACGAGCAGGAUUUGAGCAUGCAGAACCGGUUGACCUCUUCGGAAAAGGAGCUCACCCAAGCCGUGAAGCAAGAAAUCACGCCGAGAGUGAGGAGCUCGAAGCGCAAGCGUGGUCUCUACGCCUCCUCGUCGGAGCGUUCGAAACGGCGGGCGAGCACCCAGGAAGUGGUUGCCAACCGCGACGACCGGGCUCAGGGCGAGGUCAAGCAGCACAAGUCGGCUGGCCCUCUCUCGGCGGCCCACGCGGCGCUGCAGGCUGUGCCCGACCCCCAGCUGGGCCUGCCGAGUCUGCGACAGCUUCAUCUGUACAAGUCGCUCUAUCGCCGCCACUACAUGAUCCGCCACAGCUGGACCAACGGCGCGACCAAGCCCAGCCACGUAGCGUUUGCCGCCCAUCCUCGACAUGUCAUCACCUGCCUCCAGUUUGACGACGACAAGAUCAUCACCGGCAGCGACGACACCCUCAUCCACAUCUACGACACCAAGACGGGCAAGCUCCGCAAGAAGCUGGAGGGUCACGAGGGCGGCGUGUGGGCUCUUCAGUACGAGGGCAACAUUCUGGUCUCGGGCUCGACAGACAGGUCGGUGCGCGUCUGGGACAUCGAGCGCGGUCUCUGCCAACAGGUGUUUUACGGACACACCAGCACGGUUCGCUGCCUGCAGAUUCUCAUGCCGACGGAGACUGGUAUGGCCACGGAUGGCACUCCCAUCAUGCAGCCGGAGAAGCCGUUGAUCAUCACGGGCUCCAGAGACAGCCAGCUGCGCGUCUGGCGUCUCCCCGAGGUUGGAUCGCGACGCUACAUCCAGACGGGUCCCCCGGCCCAGGAGUCCGACUGCCCCUACUUUAUCCGCGUCCUGACCGGGCACACCCACUCGGUCCGCGCCAUCUCGGCCCACGGCGACAUCUUGGUCAGCGGAUCCUAUGACAGCACCGUCCGAGUUUGGCGGAUCAGCACCGGCGACUCCCUGCACGUGCUCCACGGGCACACACAAAAGGUUUACUCGGUUGUGCUCGACCACGAGCGCAACCGAUGCAUCUCGGGCUCCAUGGACUCGCUUGUCAAGAUCUGGGACCUCGCCACGGGCGCCUGUCUCUACACCCUGGAAGGCCACAGCCUUUUGGUUGGCCUGCUGGAUCUCCGCGACGACCGCCUCGUGUCGGCCGCCGCAGACUCGACACUCCGGAUCUGGGACCCCCAGACUGGCAAGUGCAAGAACACUCUGAUGGCCCACACGGGCGCCAUUACUUGCUUUCAGCACGACGGCCGAAAAGUUAUUAGCGGCAGUGAGAAGACUGUCAAGAUGUGGGACGUCAGGACGGGAGAGUGCGUGCAAGAUCUCCUGACAGAUCUGUCUGGGGUCUGGCAGGUCAAGUUUGACGGAAGGCGAUGCGUCGCGGCUGUUCAGAGGGACAACCUGACUUAUGUGGAGAUUCUCGAUUUCGGUGCCGUCCGGGACGGACACCCGCCCGAAGAGUUGGGGCGCCGUAUUCUGUUGAACGAACCAGAAGUUCGUGCCAUGAUUGAGGAAGAGGCCUAA